AUGUCACAAAAAUCAAAUCCUUUGUUAAACAAAUUACAAUAUCAAUAACAUUAUCAAGAUCAUAUCAAUACAUCUUUAGAAUCCAAUUAUAGACAUAGUUCAUAACAUAAAGAAAAGAAAUUUGAUCUAAAACUUUAAAAAUCUGUUGUUGAACUUUAUGAAUAAAUAAAAAGCACUUUACUAAAAAAAGAAGAUCAAGUUUAAAUAAUUAAUAAUUCAUAGUUACUAUUAUGUUAAAUAAGAAAACUAGUUCCUCUUGAUAAAUAAUAAGAUCUAUAUACAGAUCCUAGUAGUUUAAUUCGUUAUAUUGGAUGUAUAUUUACAAUUGUUUUACAAAAUAAAGUAUUCUUAGAAUGAGAUUAGUUUAAUUUAGAAUAGUAGAUAGAAGAUUAAAACUCGAAAACUUAAAAUGACUAUGAAGUAUAAUUAAUUAAAUUGGAAGCAGAGAUUCGUUAACAUAUAAGAGUAAAAAAUACAUUAACUAAAAAGAUUGAAUAACAAAUAAAGUUAUUUGCUGAGAAUACUUAAUCUAAAUUGGAAGAUGCAAACAAAAUAAAAAAAGAUUUACAGGAAUAGUUAUAAACAAUUAAAAAUGAAUUUUAAGUAUUAAAUAUGAUAUUAAGAUUCUAAAUGAAAAAAAUAACAUAUUAAAUGAAAAGUUAAAAACAUAAGGAAAAACUACAUAAAAUAUAUAACUUAAUUCAAUAGUAGAUUUAAAUUCUUAAAUUAACUAAUAAGGUUUUUAAUGUAAUAAAUCCGCUUAAAGAAAAGACAAUAUUGAAAAUGAGUUUCCUAAACAAUAGUCUAUUUAAUUAAAUUUCUAAAAAGAUAGAUCAAGAUAUACAGAUUAAGAAUAUGUAGAUUAUAUAAUAAUUUUUAGGGAAAUCGAUUGCUUACAGAAUCAGAGGAUGAGUAAAUUCGAAAUGAUUCUAAAAAAAGGUUAUUUUCUAUAAACAUUUAUAAUAAUAAUUCUAUUAAAACAAGCAAUUUAGCUUGCAGAGUACAAACUGAAACAAAUGAAUAUUUGGAUAAAAAAAGAAAAAAUAAUUCAUCCCAAUAUGAAACUUCAUAAAUUCCCAUCAAAAAUUAUUUAAAUUAGACAUCAUAAAAUGGUUUAAAUUUGAUAAGUAUAAUAUUUCAUAAUAAUUAAGAAGAUCAAGAAUUCAAAAGAUAAUAAUAAAUAAAGGGCUAAUCUGAAAAUUCUAUUAUAAAUUCAAAUAAACCAUAUAAGCUAACUUCUUUAUCUUAACAUACUGAUGUUAAUAGAUCUAAUAAUUUUGUUCAUAGUUACCGUAAAUAACAUCCAGGUUUUAUUCAAAUUCCAAGACCUUUUUCAUGUGCAGAAUAGUUUGAAAUAGAUUAAUAUUCAGUAAAUUUUUAUCAUAAAUAAACAGUUAAGUAAAGAUUUCAGUGUUGAUUUAAAUGGGUAGUCUAAAUAAAAUACUGAGUAUUUGUAAAAUCAAAUACAAAUAAGGAAACUUCUACAAUAAUAUCAAUUAAAACAUUCUUAAAAUGAUAGUUUAAAUAAAAAAUUACAUUAAGAAUACAAAAGAUAAUUAGGAAUGAAUUGUAAGACAAUAAAUUGA